AGAAUUAUCUAAAGUAUCAAUUAUCUCUAGAAAUCAGUGAUUUUAGUAGUGAUUAAUGUAAAGAUUAUCUAAUAUCACUAACUGCAUGCACUUCAAAUCAUUCCUUCUAAGUAAUAUGCCGAUAAACUUGGAGUAAUGUAUAAAAUUGUGAGGAUAAUCGAAAUAUCUGCAGUUUUAAAGAAGACAUCAUAAGUUUCUGUGUAUAACGGGGAUAGUAAAAAAUUUUUAUCGAGUGCAAGGAUUAUAAUGAAAGGCGCAGGAAUCACUUUGAUCUGCGCAAUAACACUUGUCCAAGCGAAUGUAGUGAAAAUAAAUAAAAAUGGAUGUCCCUUGGACCAAACGGAAGAAAAGUUACUAGAGCAUAAUAAUUGCAACAAAUUCUAUCAAUGUGUUAGAGGAGAAUUAGUGGAGCACACCUGCCCAAAUGAUUUACUUUUCAAUAUAAAUACUGACCAGUGCGAUUGGCCCCAAAACGUUGUUUGUGGCCAUAGAGUUAUACCAGAAGAUGAAGAUAAAAACAACGAGGGUGAAAACAACAACAGUAAUUGCAAGUGCAAUCCAAGUGAGGCACCAAAUAUAUGCGCUGCUAAAGACUCUACUGGACUACUUGUAGCACAUGAAAAUUGCAACCAAUUUUAUAAAUGUUUUAAUGGCGUUCCUAUUACCCAGGAUUGUCCUCAUGGCUUACUUUACAACCCGUACAGAGAACAAUGUGAUUGGCCGCAAAAUGUAAAUUGUGGCGACAGAGUAAUCCCAGAGAUUGAAGACACAGAUGAUGGGGAUGAUCAAAACGAAGGAGGUUGUGGGGAAGACGGAAGCGGUGAUGGUGCUGGAGGUGGUGGAGGUGGGAACAAUGAUAAUUGUAACUGUAACCCAGGAGAAGCACCAUCUAUAUGUGGCGCACCAGGAUCCAAUGGAAUAUUAAUAGCUCAUGAAAUUUGUAAUCAGUUUUAUAAGUGUUAUAACGGAGCACCAGUAGCUAUGAGCUGCCCUGGCAGUCUUCUCUACAAUCCCCAUUCAGAACAAUGCGAUUGGCCCAAUGCAGUAACCUGUGGAGACAGAGUGAUUCCAGAUGGCAACGAAUCCGAAGGAGGUGACGGAAGCGGCAACGGCAACGACAAUGGUAAUGGUGAAGGAGGCUCCGGUGGAGGAGGCGGUGGUGGAGGCGGCGGUGGAGGCGGCGGCGAAGGCGGUGGUGGAAACAACGGCACUUGCAAUUGCAAUCCAGGAGAAGCGCCCUCUAUCUGCGGCGGGCCGGGAUCGAACGGAGUAUUGAUUGCUCACGAGAAUUGCAACCAGUUUUACAAAUGUUACAACGGGGCACCAGUUGCCAUGAGUUGUCCUGGCAAUCUUCUUUACAAUCCCUAUUUAGAACAAUGCGAUUGGCCCAAUGCAGUUAACUGUGGAGACAGAGUUAUCCCAGAAGACUGCGAUACUGAAGGAGGUGGCAAUGGAAAUGGUGAUGGUAACGGCAAUGGUGAUGGAGGCGGCGGUGGAAGUGGCGGUGGAGGCGGUGGUGGAGGCGGCGGUGGAGGCGGUGGCGGUGGAGGCGGCAGCGGCGGAGGAGGCGGCGGUAGCGGUGGUGGAAACAACGGCACUUGCAAUUGCAAUCCAGGAGAAGCGCCCUCUAUCUGCGGCGGGCCGGGAUCGAACGGAGUAUUGAUUGCUCACGAGAAUUGCAACCAGUUUUACAAAUGUUACAACGGGGCACCAGUUGCCAUGAGUUGUCCUGACAAUCUUCUUUACAAUGCCUAUUUAGAACAAUGCGAUUGGCCCAAUGCAGUUAACUGUGGAGACAGAGUUAUCCCAGAAGACUGCGACACUGAAGGAGGUGGCAAUGGAAAUGGUGAUGGUAACGGCAAUGGUGAUGGAGGCGGCGGUGGAAGUGGCGGUGGAGGCGGCGGUGGAGGCGGCGGUGGUGGCGGUGGCGGCGGAGGCGGCGGAGGCGGCGGCGGCGGUAGCGGUGGUGGAAACAACGGCACUUGUAAUUGCAAUCCAGGAGAAGCGCCCUCUAUCUGCGGCGGGCCGGGAUCGAACGGAGUAUUGAUUGCUCACGAGAAUUGCAACCAGUUUUACAAGUGUUACAACGGGGCACCAGUUGCCAUGAGUUGUCCUGACAACCUUCUUUACAAUCCCUAUUUAGAACAAUGCGAUUGGCCCAAUGCAGUUAACUGUGGAGACAGAGUUAUCCCAGAAGACUGCGAUACUGAAGGAGGUGGCAAUGGAAAUGGUGAUGGUAACGGCAAUGGUGAUGGAGGCGGCGGUGGAAGUGGCGGUGGAGGCGGUGGUGGAGGCGGCGGUGGAGGCGGUGGCGGUGGAGGCGGCGGCGGCGGAGGAGGCGGCGGUAGCGGUGGUGGAAACAACGGCACUUGCAAUUGCAAUCCAGGAGAAGCGCCCUCUAUCUGCGGCGGGCCGGGAUCGAACGGAGUAUUGAUUGCUCACGAGAAUUGCAACCAGUUUUACAAGUGUUACAACGGGGCACCAGUUGCCAUGAGUUGUCCUGACAACCUUCUUUACAAUCCCUAUUUAGAACAAUGCGAUUGGCCCAAUGCAGUUAACUGUGGAGACAGAGUUAUCCCAGAAGACUGCGAUACUGAAGGAGGUGGCAAUGGAAAUGGUGAUGGUGGCGGCGGUGGAAGUGGCGGUGGAGGCGGUAGUGGAGGCGGCGGUGGA